UUAGAGGGUUCGCAUAAUUUCUAAAUCGAACAAUGGCUUGUAAGAAAAAUAUGUUUCACAGGUGGUCUCUUUGCUAAUUACGUUUGAUAUUUAUUUAAGAAAAUUGAAAUGAGUGAGAGUCAGUACCUAUACCAUAUGAUCGUAAUAGAUGCCAAUUCUAUAAAUAUGAUGAUUCAGAAAUAAUCAAAGGGAUAAAAUUAUCUGAGUUUAGUUAGGUUUAAUUAUUUCUAGUGAAAAAGUUAUGAUGUAGGUUUUGUAUAAAAAUGGCUGGUUUAAAGAUAAAGUAUGAUAAAAUGUCCAACAAAUUAUACAUGUGGGAUGAUCAUAUGCAAAUUCAACCCGGUCCGGAGAAAAAACCAUUUAUACUUACUAGCAAACUGGAUGAGAAAACACCGAAACGGAAGGAGGAUGACGAACGUGGAGGGUGGAGCAACAAAUUGGAUUUUUUAAUGUCCUGUAUCAGUUUAUCUGUAGGAUUAGGGAACGUAUGGCGAUUUCCAUAUUUAUGUUACAAAAAUGGAGGAGGUACAUUUCUCAUAACAUACCACAUAGCCAUGUUUGUAUGUGGUAUUCCACUAUUUUUUCAAGAAGUAACCAUCGGACAGUAUUUGGGAUCAGGAGGAAUGACUUUCGUGGGUCAACUGUGUCCCAUCCUAAAAGGUGUAGGAUACGCAACCAUGACCAUAGUGUUCCUAUUAGAUGUAUAUUAUUGUGUGAUAAUUGCUUGGACUUUAUUUUAUAUUUACAGUAGUUUAACAAGCGAAUUGCCAUGGUCUCAUUGCGGUAAAUGGUGGAAUACAGAGAAUUGCUAUGAAAAAAAUGUUACCCUAAUAAAUUCAACAAAUUUGACUAUGCCAAACGUUACUCAAUUGAGAUCAUCGCCAGUUGAAGAAUUCUUUGAUCAACGUGUUUUGGGGAUAACUAGUCGCUUAGAAGAUAUUGGAGGUGUUCAAUGGAAUAUAUUUAUUGCUCUUUGUAUUGGUUGGAUAAUCGUAUAUGCAAUUAUAAGAAAAGGUUUGCAUCAAAGUGGAAAGGUAAUAUGGUUUACUGCCAUGUUUCCAUAUGUGAUUUUAAUGAUAAUGUUAGUUAGAGCUGUUACUUUAGAAGGCGCUGGCAAUGGACUUUUAUUUUAUAUUACUCCGCAAUGGGAGGCUUUAUUAACACCAGGACCUUGGAUGGAUGGAGCCUCUCAAAUAUUUUUCGCAUACAGUAUUGGAUGUGGUGCGUUACCUGCGUUAGGAUCCUAUAAUAAAUUCCAUCACAAUUCUUAUAGAGACGCUGUGAUAACCUGUUUUGUAAAUACAUUGACGUCUGUGAUAGCAGGAAUUGUAACAUUUUCGAUUUUGGGACAUUUAGCGUUGGAACAAAAUACAGACGUAGGGAGUGUGGUGAACAGUGGACCUGGUCUUGUAUUUAUUACUUACCCUCAAGUUGUUUUGACUUUACCAGGUUCAUCGUUUUGGGCAGUUACAUUUUUUCUAAUGCUCCUAUUAUUGGGUAUUGACAGUGAAUUUUGUUUGGUGGAAUCUUUUAUCACCGGAAUACUGGACAAUUGGUCGCAAAGUUUAAGGCCAUAUAGAAAUAUAUUUACCGCAGUUGUUUGUAUUCUCAUGUUUCUGUUGGGAAUCCCGAUGGUAACACAAGGUGGAAUGUUCAUUUUUAAACUGAUGGACAAUUAUUCUGCAAGUGGAAUGUCGUUGCUUUGGGUAUGUUUCUUCCAAACAAUUGCAAUUUCUUGGUUUUUUGGAGUGGAUAAAUUAAGUGACUGUAUUGAAACAAUGAUGGCUAUGCGACCUGGCAAAUUUUGGACCAUUUGUUGGAAAUAUAUUGCGCCAUUAGUUAUGGCUGUGAUAUUUGUUAGCCAAUGUUUCGAAUAUCAACGACUGGAAUAUGGUAGUUAUAAGUAUCCAUUAUGGGCUGAUAUUCUUGGAUUACUAAUUAGUUUGUCAUCGAUGCUGUGGAUUCCAGUUUACGCAAUCUACUACCUCUUAACUCAACCUGAUAGCAUAGUACAGAAUUUAAAAAAGGGAUUAAAAUCCAACAUAGCCCAAAGAAAAAUUUCAAUAUGUGAUCAAAGUACUGGAACUCUAAUAACUCAAAGUAAUGUAGUAUUAAUAACACCAAAUACAUCGGUUUUACAAGUUAAUACUUAAAGUUGAUUGGACAGUAUCUUCAAAGGCUUUUAAAUUAACUGGUUUUAUUUAUUUUAUAUUGUGCCUAAACAAAUGUAUUUAAUCAGUUAGUCAAAAUGAUUUCUGCAGCUUUACUUAAGAAUAGAGCAGAGGAUUGUAAAAAUAAGAUGUGUAUUAUUCAGUAGACAAAAUAAAUAAAAGUAAUUUAAUUUAAUUUUUUUUUGUUUAGUAUAUUAAUUAAAAUUUAGUCAUUGUUCAUAAUUAUUAGGUAAUUGCUUUAAUUGUCUAAAAUAUAUACCAAAAUUUAAUUAAAAUAUCAUUGAACUUCGUGGUUACUUCUAAUAAACUUUUUGAUUGGAUUUUAAUAUAAUAAUUAUAAACGCUCUAUUAUCUUGUAUGUGAUAUUUAUAUUUACCGAAGAACAAAAUAUUUUUGUAUUAAUUCCAUUUAAUAAACCAUCAUUUACAUACUUAGGGUCGAUUUCAUAAUGAAUAUUAAAAGAUCCAAUAACUAAUGGGAUAAUUAAGUCCACAAGAUCUUUUCCCAUUACUUAAUGGAUCUUCUAUUAAUCAUUAUGAAAUCGGCCCUUAAUUGAGCAGAACAAACUGACAUCAUAAAAAAUGUAAUAGAAAAUUGUAAAAUGUUUAUUAUAUAGCC